AUGGCCCGUAAAUGGCGACCAGUGGUGGUAACUUGGGAAACGCCCCCGCCCCUGCGGUACAAACUGAACACGGAUGCUAGUGUGGUCAACGGGAAGGCUAGUGGAGGAGGAGUGCUACGGGACUCACAUGGUAGAGUUAUCUUUGCAUUCUAUAAGGAGUUUGGGGAAAAAAGCGUAUUGCAGGCUGAGGCUUUGGCCGUAUUAGAGGGGCUCCUAAUGUGUGUGGCAAAGGGGAUACGAGGGAUUCUAGUGGAGGUGGACUCGGCGGUACUUGUGUCCUUAGUCAAAUCAUCGGCGCUGGGAGGUUGGUUGUAUUGCAAUGUGCUAAGGCGGAUUCGUCGCUUGUUGGAUCAGGUAGCUAUGUCGUUUACGCAUAUAUUUCGAGAGGCAAAUGUGGUUGCAGAUAGGUUAGCUGCUUUGCAGGGAUGUCCGAGUAAGGUUUUUGAUUCUCCUCAGCUGUUACCUAGGGAGGUUCGGGGCUAUAUUGCUAUGGAUGCCGCCUAA